AUGCGCACUCACACGCUCAUACGUGCACGUCAUCACGCGCAGCUGUCCCUGGAGGGCGCGCGCCAGGAGGCCUCCUCCCUGGCGGCGGACAACGCGGAGCUGCGGGCCAAGCUGGACGAGAGCCGCGCGCAGCUGCAGAGCAACGAGCAGAUGAUCCGGUGGCUCAACCAGCAGGUCACCGACGCGCAGCUGCAGGUCAGCACGGUCCCGGGCUCGCGCUACCAGUUCCGCCCCACAGGCGCCGUGUCCACCGCGACGCACCCCGCCGCGGCCCUCCUGCCCGGCGGGCUUGGCGGCCUCUCCGCCGGCGGCGCCGGCUAUGCGCGCGCGAGCAGCAGAAGCCCCGCGGCAGGGGCUGCCGUGGGCAAGGCAUCGUUCGCGGCGAGCAGCGCCACAAAGCAGCAGCUGCCCUCGCAGCGCCACCCGUCGCCGCAGCAUCACAACGUGUCGUCGCUGGGCUUCUCCCCGCAGACGGCGUCCCUGCCGCCGCCGGGGCGCGGGGGCGGCGCGCGGGGCGGGUACGGUUAUGGGGCGGGCGGCAGCGUCGGCGGCGGCCUGUCUCCAGAGCGGGGGGCGGGCGAGUACGUCUAUGCGUGA